AUGGGCCUCACGCCGGACGAGUUUCGCCGCAAGGGCACGUCGCUCAAGGGCACCAUCCAGCUCUUCUGUGCGCUCCUCUUCCUGUACGCCGCCUCCAUCUUCUUUCGCGGUGAGGCGGGCUUCUUUCCGGACGACGCGGCGCACCGCGCCAUCAAGGGCGCCGAGAUCUUCCAGGAGGAGACGCAGCUUUCUAAGACGGUGCAGACGGUGGGCGGCACCCUCGUGGCGAUCUCCGUCGCCGGCUCCAUCGUCGCCUACCUCUCGCGCGAGCGCUGGGUCACAUUUCUCGUGCUCGUCUGCCUGUCGGCCUCGACGCUCACGCUCGCGCAGCUCACGCGCUCGCACGCGAGCUCGUGGAACGACGAGAUGGAGGAGGGCCGCGCGGCGCGCUUCGAGCUGACGGACGAGGCGCGGUACGAGUACGGAGGCACCCCUGGCGAGUGGGCGCGGAUGCGCGGUGUGUACGAGCAGGAGUGGGCCUCGUGCGGCGGCGGGGGCCUCCACUCCCUCUCUGCGGUCCUCGAGCAGCUGGACAGCUCGCAGCGAGAGCAGCUGGCGCGGGGCUGGCUGGCUCGACGCGUCCGAGCGAGGCAGUGGACAGCGCCUGCUACGGCUCCAGCUGGCGCCGCGCUGCUCGGGCCGGCCGAGGAGCCGCUCGACGCAAAGGCGCUCUUCUGCUUGUGCGAGCUGUCCCCGCCGUACCAGCGGCUGCUCGGCGAGGUCGACCUCGCGCUCGGCCAGCUCGGCGACACCUUCGUCUGGCUCGUGUGGGGGCCGGUCGCUAUCGUGCUCUGGUUCUCGCUCUGCACGCAGGACCGGGACGAGUACUUUGACCCAGAUUUACUAUGA